AAAUCAGUCAUGACUUUAAUUACACAAAUAAAUAACAUGAAUUGUUUUCAUCAAUAAUUCUAUAUAACAUAUACAUUUGUAAAUACUUAUUGAAUACAUAUUGAAAAAAGAAUCCAUUAUGCAAUCACCAAGUUGGAGAAGCGAUAGUGAUUGGAAAACUAGAUACAAGAAACUGUACAGCUCAAGAGGCUUGUGCCGAGCUAAAGAUGUACCGAUGCGCAUAUCGUUUAUGAGCAACGAACAGUCACCGUACGCGUCAUUGCUGAUGAAGUUACGAGCAAGCAGUCAAAGUUCCACGGAGUCAGAUCUAUCCAGCCCGCCGUGUUUCAUGUCGCUCAUGUCAUACAAAAGUGGAUGUACAUACCGCAGUAUGUCUCGGUCUGAUAAUUUGGGUGAAAAUGAUACACUUCUGUUGGACAUGGUUCGAUCACGAAGUCGGAAUACAAGUCAAAUACAUGAUGAAAUGACAGCUAAAGUAACCGGUGAAAAAUCUGAAGAACGCACAGAUGACAUCUGUAUGCACGGGCUCAGCCUGCCCUACCGCGGGACUGAGCGCAGCGUGUCACGUUCCCGUGUCUCUCGCAUGUCCACCCGCCGUGACAUGGAUAUACCUUCCAUUCUAGCGUUUACUGCUUCCGUCUCUGAACCGACCCCUUUGGAAAUACCUGCAUUCAAAAAAGCUACAUCACCCGACAAAGAAGAAAUACCGAAGUGGUCUAUUCGAAGAUCAGUGUGCCCUGUGUGUUCUCAGAAGUGGAGAGAUAGGAGUACCGUAAAGAAAAUUAAAUAUUCAGGAUUAAAACGAAAUCCAUCAAUGGAUCUGCCCUCCAUAAUAGCUCCGGCACGUGUGAGAACUGCUGUGGAUACUGCAUUCUCACCUCGACCUGUCCCAUUGGCGUUUGACGAAAAAGGCUUCAGUAAUCGUAGUUUCCGCAACAGAAGUAACUCCUGGCUAUUAACGCGAGCCCGAAGAUUCCGAGCACCGAAAUCUGUAAACCCACCACCAGAAGCCACAGCCCCACCGAGCUCUAUUGCCCCUCUAGCUCGGAAAGACUUAGACCUUCGCGUAUCUCGAUUUCUGUCCGACGAAUUUCGAUCAUUUUCAGAAAAUAUUUAGAAAUUAACGUUUUAACGGAAAUGGAAUUUAUACUUUGCCAAACAUUCACACUCAUAUUCAAAGAAUAAAUUUAUAACCCACGUGA